AUGCCAAGUUCGUCGUUGUCGAGUCCCCAUCCUCUCGUUACUGCAGCAAUUCUUCUUGAAACGUCUCUGGGAGAACUUGUAGUUGAUUUGUAUGGCGCAGAUUGUCCCGUAGCCACGGCGGAGCUCGUGAACUUGUGCCGCUGCAAGUACUUCAACGGCUGCAUAGCUACCGAAGUAGUACCAGAUAAUGUCAUGAUAUUGGCCCACCCAGUUGAGGAAUUACGGCGGCAGACAUUUGCUUCGCUUCUUGAAGCGAGUGGUCAAUGUCAUCAACUAGGGGGCGAUACGGCAUCAGAUGGGCGUGCGGUGAAACAAUUAAUAUAUAAUGAAUGGAAACGGAUGCGAAGGCACACCGCACAGUUAAGGCGCAACAGUGGUGCUAGCGGAAAAGCUGAAGCGGGCCGUUUGGAGUUUGUCCCCCAGUCAGCCUCGAAUGCCGUUGGGGCGAUACGCCGUAGUGGACUUUUAUUACUGGAGGUUCCAAAAGUGGACGGUGGAGGCAGUAAUGAUGAAGUUUCUCCAAAGAUGCAACUACUUAUUACCCUCAGCAACCGUCACCAAGACUAUUUCGAAGAUAACUUUAUGGUGUUAGGUGAAGUGCGUGAAGGAAAUAAUGUCGUGGAGAAGAUGCGUGUAGCACCACACAGACGGUUGACAUCUGUGUCCGGAAUCACGACCCGGCCGUCUCGACUUAUACGAAUUAGGCACAUGACCGUCUUGCCCACGGCUGGGACUGAUGCUUUUGCUGAUAUCUCGCACCGGGACAGGAGGAAGACAAUGGAAGAAAAUAAUCUCUCUUCCCGUCUGGCACAGGUUGGUUGCUUUCGUCAUUGGGCAACGCUGGGGGCAGUGCAGGCAGCAAACAAAGGCCUCGUUUCGUUACUUAAAAGAGAAGCUUCCAAAAGCACUGCCCGUAAAGGUAGGAAGGGUUCCAGCGAUGAAACGGAGUCAUUCAGUGGGUGUGAGUUUCUUGUUAUUCCCGAAGACUCUGCACAAGGGGGCGCCCGCAAUUUUCCCAACCAUGAUACGAACAAUGGGGAUGAUUACGACAUUUUGUCGGUGAAGUAUAAUUCACAUUUUCAUGGCGACUAUCUUAGUUCUGACGAUGAUACUGACGGGGAUGGCAAUUUUGGGUCCCGUAAGGAGCGUGAGAAACGACAGCAGGAAAAAAUGCGCCUCCAUCAGGACAAGCUUAACGAAACUCGUGCACUCACGCUGAACCUACUUGAUGGUAUUGGGGAUGCAUCCGGUGAGCUGAAGCCGGAGGGAAACGUACUGUUUGUGUGCAGACUAAAUCCACUAACAACGAGUGAAGGUUUGGAAAUGUGUUUUUCUCAGUUUGGUAAGGUUAAGUCGGUGCAGGUGAUACGGGACUCCAAGACGGGGGAUUCAUUAUGCUAUGGGUUCGUUGAAUUUGCUGAUGAAGAGACAUGCUAUAGAGCACAUCAGAAGAUGGACAACGCACUCAUUGACGAUCGGCGCAUUCAUGUGGAUUUCUCUCAAUCCGUUUCAAAACUAUGGAUGGAGAAGCAACGUGAAUUGCGCAAGAGGGUGCGCCAAUAA